GGAAAGUCCUUGCGAGCGCCGAGUAAUAGCAAAGGCGGGACGUCGGCCAGUUAACUCUUAACGCAACGCGGACGCAAGUCAGCCGAAAUGAUCGGUAAAGUGAUCGGUCAAAAAUACGCUGCCAUCGCCAAAUCGUGGGUCCCGACUCUAGCCGUAUGGGGCACAAUGGGAGGAGUAGCACUGGUCCACUUCACAGACUGGCGGGUGGUCUUAGAUUAUGUGCCUUACAUCAGCGGCAAGUUCAAGAAGAAUGACUAGCCAUGCUCUGGUUAAUCAAGGUCAGUGGAGGUUUUGCGGGGCGACUGAAAAUGGAGACGCGUGGCUGGAGUUGCCACAGAGGGGACCCUAACUGUGCCACAACCGCAGGCCUGGCUUACAGAGGUGCAUGCAUCAUCGUCCUGACCAUUAAAUCUCACAUCAACGGACUAUCUCAUCCAAUGCCACCAUAUCCCUUAACUAUGUUGGGCUCCUGUCAGCUCACUGAUAAUGUUGCUCGACCACUCAUGGAUAUGGUGUUAUUUCUAAACAAUCACACAACGAGAAAUGGACUUUUCUUUACUACCGCGUCAUUUAUCAUAUUCGUUAUUUGGCUUAAGGUCAAAUUUUCUCUCAAAUUAUUUAAUCAGUCUCAUGCAACACUGUCGAUUGGAUCAGGUUUUCAAGAACAAAAAUGUAUACAUGAAAUGUUUUAAGUCGCCAUGGGUAUUUAUUUCACCUUUUGGGUCCAAUAACUGCUUUUCAACUUGUUUCUGCCCUCAGUAAUGUGUUUAGUCUCACAUUUGUUCAGAAAGGCAAAUUAUACUAAGUGUAAUCUCUAUGAACAGAUUCUAUAUAAUCGCCACCAGGCGAUAGUGCUAAGUGUUACCGAAUGCACAAUCAUGGUGCAUCUUGGAUACAGUUUUUUUUUUUGGACUGGAUUAAUUCAGUUCAUUAAUGACUGAUUUAAUUCAUAAAUAUCUGUUAAGGACACUGUAAUAAAGAGUUUAAAGUUCUUA